CCGGUGCCUUUGUUCAAUGCAACCCAAUGGACUUCACUAACAUCAACGAUCCUGCAGGCAUAAAAGCCCUACUUGAAAGGCUGCGCUCUGCGCAAGCAUGGCAGCCGCCUGUUUCUACUUCUUCAUCUGCAGCGCCCUCCGAUCCCCUUCCUCCACCCCCUCCUGCGCCUGCAUCGACGUCUGAUGUAUAUGAAAGCGUAUUGCCUAGCGCAGCUAGCCAUGAAGUGACACCCUCUCUUACUUCAGCAGUGCCAACGGCUUCAGUAGCCUCUCUGCUGUCUCAGCUGCAGGCUUCAAUUCCACCUGCCACAACGGAACACAUUUCCGAUGUCGCGCCCUACCAUCCUGAAACACAUAGCUCUGCCUUUUACAAAUCACCAGAACCUGCAGUUGUUACACCGCCCUCCAUUCCGCAGAAGCAGGAUGUCCGAGGUUUGUCGUUCCAGCAGUCUUUGCCUCUCCUGGCUCGGCUUGCUGAGCAUCCUAAAUUCAUGGAGGCGAUAUCUGCUAUGAAGCAAGAGCAAGCUAAGCUCGAAAAGAAACUUUGGGACGAAAGAAAUGCGAUCCUUGCAUCUCAGGAAGAGAAGGUGAAAGCAGCCAAAACGAAAGCGAAUAUGAUUGGUGCAGGUCUUACAAAAUUCGAAGCCGACACCAUGACAGACAACUUCCGACGAGAACUGGCCCAGUUCGAUCUCCAGCGAGCGCUGCCUGCUUGGGAUGGGCUCCUCGCCAAGCAGCAGACUGCGUUGGAGACACUGGGUGUACCGACCAUAUUUGCCACUUCGUCGAAAGCAGACAGAGAACGCCAACAGAGAGUCAUUCAGGUUCUGACAGGGUUCGACGCGUAAGAAUACUUAUUCAGUUGUCAACUCGCAUUUGGCUCGAACCCCCUAACGAGCUUCGUUGCCUAUUUAGGGGCUCUGUCCGAGCCCCUUUCGAAUUGAUCUUGUUAACGAUCUAUCCGGGUGGACCCACAAGACGAGGUUAUCCGGGAAAACAUUGGCUGCUAGAAUGACGUCGCGGAAUGUCGCAUAACAUCGAUGCCAAGGGCCUCUGGCCUGAACGAACGUUCUGGCUUUCUAGAAGCACUCGUCGCACAUGCGCUGCAUACGCGUAUCUCUUCAGUGAUCAAGCCUUCCUUCAGGAACAGUGAGAUCCUGGACUACAUACAAUGGGCACUUGUGCACGGCACACUAGCACCAUCCUUGAAUUGUGUACCCCCUAGCUAUAUGGGCGUUUGCAAUUCUGUAGAGAUCCAUGAUCGAGUACAAUACCUCGCAGUGCGUGUCUAUGUGUGCGCUGGCAU